AUACAGGAAAUCCGGUCUGACAGACAAAAAUAAAAAGUCGUUGUAAUACUAGCUAAAACGUCCAAAUUUGUCAUUCAGGCGUUGUUAUAAAAGCACACCCUUAAAAAAGUAUUACUUUAAAAUAUAUUUUUAGCUUAAUUUUUGACGUAUCAAAUUAUGUUGCAGGUGUAUUUUUCGUUUCUCCGCCCACUCCGGAAAAUUGAAGGGACUCGUCGUUAUUUUUAUUUUUAAGGUGACGUGUUUGCCGGAGUCCUUUUUUUUUUUUCGCCGACCAAUGUGGCACUAAAUGUACCCGGAUAUGAUCGGCGUGGAUGUCUAACCCGCCAGUACACUUUGUCGCGGAUUUCGGAGAUGUUUAGCCGUAAGGUUGUGGCUUUGCUGUGAGCUCCACCGUCUGCGCAUACCGGAGCAGAGGAGACUGUCGGGGCCUGAAGUCCACGGAGUCCGGCGGACAGAGAGGUUUGGUCGGAUCUUCAGCAUCGGAAUUGAGGGGUUUUUUGUGCGCCGUGGAAGAGGACGCUUCCCGUCUGGCCCUCCGAGGACCAUGGAGCUGCGCCGUGUCCUGAUGCUGUGCCUGUUCUCUGGCUGGGCAGCCGGAUACAAGCAGGGGGACAAUGUGACUCUUUACGUCAAUAAAGUGGGACCUUAUCAUAACCCCCAGGAGACAUAUCACUACUACACAUUGCCAGUUUGCAGGCCAGACAAGGUGCACCACAAAUCCCUGAGUCUCGGGGAAGUGUUGGACGGUGACAGGAUGGCAGAGUCCUUGUAUCACAUCCGCUUCAGAGAGAACGUGGAGAAGAAAACCCUUUGUCAACUGACUCUGUCAGAGAAACAGGUUGACCAGCUCCGUGAAGCCAUCGAGGAGCUGUACUACUUUGAAUUUGUCCUGGCGGAAAUACCAAUCUGGGGGUUUGUGGGAUACAUAGAGGAGAGCGGCUUCCUGCCUCACAGCCACAAGGUGGGCUUGUGGACGCACCUGGACUUCAACAUCGAGUACAAAGGCGAGUCUGUGAUCUUCGCCAAUGUGUCUGUGAAGGACGUAAAGCCUGUCCCUUUAGAGGAGGGCGCGGGUGCUGCUGUGGGUGGGGUCGGAGUGGGCGGGGGCACCCUGACGGUGACCCACACCUACAGCGUUCACUGGUACGAAUCCAACCUGCCUUAUUCCCGGAGAGCGGAGCGCCUUAGGGAUUACUCAUUCUUCCCGAAAACUCUGGAGAUCCACUGGCUCUCCAUCAUCAACUCUCUGGUUCUGGUGGUGCUGCUGCUGGGCUUCGUCAUCAUCAUCCUCAUGCGCGUUCUCAAGAAUGACUUUGCCAGGUACAACGUGGAAGAAGAUGGUAGCUGCGAUGAUCUGGACCAAGGAGACAACGGUUGGAAAAUCAUCCACACUGACGUCUUCAGGUUUCCUCCCUUCAAAAGCUUGCUGUGUGCUGUGCUGGGAGUCGGAGCUCAGUUCCUGACCCUUGCUACAGCUAUUAUCAUUAUGGCUUUGCUGGGAAUGUUCAACGUACACCGCCACGGCGCCAUAAACUCUGCAGCCAUCGUCCUGUACGCUCUGACUAGCUGUGUGUCGGGCUACGUCUCCUGCAGCUUCUACACGCAGAUCAACGGCCAGCGCUGGGUGUGGAACAUCAUCCUCACAUCUGCUCUUUUCUCAGCUCCCUUGUUCCUCACUUGGAGUGUAGUGAACUCCAUCCACUGGUGGAGCGGCUCCACCCAGGCUCUGCCAGCCACCACCGUUCUCCUUCUGCUGGGCGCCUGGGUGCUGGUAGGCUUCCCCCUCACCGUCAUCGGCGGCAUCGUGGGAAAGAACCGAGCUGGUAGCUUCCAGGCACCGUGCCGCACCCGUAACAUUCCCCGGCAGAUCCCCCCGCAGCCUUGGUAUAAGCACACGGUGGUUCACAUGGCCAUUGGUGGCUUCCUGCCCUUCAGUGCCAUUUCCGUGGAGCUGUAUUACAUUUUUGCCACGGUUUGGGGCAGGGAGCACUACACCCUCUACGGGAUCCUACUGUGCGUCUUUGCUAUCCUCCUGUCAGUGGGAGCUUGCAUCUCCGUGGCCCUGACCUACUUCCUGCUGUCGGGCGAGGACUACCAGUGGUGGUGGCGGAGCGUCCUCAGCACCGGUUCUACGGGUCUCUUCAUCUUCGUCUACUCGGUUUUCUACUACAGGAACCGGUCUUCCAUGAGUGGGCUGGUGCAGAGCACGGAGUUCUUCGGAUACUCCCUGCUCACGGCGCUGGUCUUCUCUCUGAUGCUGGGCAGCGUGUCUUUUUGGUCGUCCCUCGCUUUUAUCCGCUACAUCUACCGCAGCCUCAAAAUGGAUUAAACCUGAAAAAGUUGUUACGAACGUCUUUUUACUGCUCAUCAUCUGGUUUAACAAGACCAGAAAAAAGGGGCCUUGAACUUGAUAUGACCUUUUAAGUUCAUACAAGCAAAUGGUGGAUAGUUGGAAGGAUUAUAUUAGAUCUAAGGGCAUGAUGGGAUCAAGUUAGAAUUUAAGGGACAAUUGGGAAUAAAUUAAUAUGAAGUACUGCUGUGUGGGGAAUCAUCCGCUUCGGCAAUCAAGGGUAGGCAGGACCAAUACGUGCACUUUACGUUACAUUCAUUAACAAAAGUGGUUAUUAACACUCCCCCCAUAUUAGACGCAAAAGAAAUCAUUCUGAGCGUGGUCCAAAGGAUUGUGUCCCUGCAGUGGAUAAUGGUCAAAAUUUGCCUCUCUGUUGCUCAAUCUUGUAUUCUAUAAUUGUGGAUUCCAGCUCUGGUGUAAAUAGUCUUUUGAAUAAAGUACUUUUCAUACAAA